GAGGAGCAGGUGGCUGCCGGGCAGGCCCGGGCCCCGGGCUUCCUGUGUGCGCGUCCGCCCGCCACUGCUUCCCGCCGGAGCUCGCUGGGCGGCCCAGGCCACCCUGGCCCGGCCCGAUGGCCCAGACCCCCGACGGCAUAUCCUGUGAGCUGCGAGGUGAAAUCAUCAGGUUCCUGUGGCCCAAGGAGGUGGAGCUGCUGCUGAAAGCCCGGCUGCCAGAGCGAGGCCCUGAGCGCGGUCACAUCCUGGCACUGCUACGAUGGAGAGCCUACCUGCUCCACAGCUGCCUCCCCCUGAGGGUGGACUGCACAUUCAGCUUCCUGGAGGUCCAGGCCAUGGCUCUGCAGGAGACACCCCCUCAGGUCACCUUUGAGCUGGAAUCCCUGCCUGAGCUGGUCCUGGAGUUUCCUGGUGUGGCCACCCUGGAACAGCUGGCCCAGCACAUCACUGUGGCCCUCAAGAAAGUCUUCCCUCACUCGGCCCUUGGGAAGCUAUUCCGGAAGCCCACGCCCCCCUCCCUGCUGGCUCGGCUGGAGGAGAGAAGCAGCCUCUCAGAGGCCACCACGCCUGGCAGCCCCUGUGGUGGCUUCGUGGAGACCUACGAGGCUCUGUGUGACUACAACGGCUUCCCGUUCCGAGAGGAGAUUCAGUGGGACGUGGACACCAUCUACCAUCGUCAGGGCUGCCGCCAUUUCAGCCUAGGAGACUUUAGCCACCUCGGCAGUCGGGACCUGGCCUUGAGCGUGGCUGCCCUGUCCUGCAACCUGUGGUUUCGGUGCCUCUCCUGUGUGGACAUGAAGCUGAGCCUUGAGGUCUCAGAGCAGAUUCUGCACAUGAUGAGUCAGUCGUCCCACCUGGAGGAGCUGGUGCUGGAGACCUGUGGCCUGAGGGGAGACUUUGUCCGGCGGCUGGCCCAGGCACUGGCAGGACACUCGAGCUCUGGGCUGCAGGAGCUCAGCCUGGCGGGGAACCUGCUGGAUGACCGAGGCAUGGCUGAGCUCAGCAGAUACCUAGAGCGGCGUCCAGGAGCCCUGAGGAGACUGAGCCUGGCCCAGACAGGGCUGACACCUCGAGGGAUGAGGGCCCUGGGUCGGGCCGUGGCUACCAACACAGCCUUCGACUCCACCCUGACCCAUCUGGACCUUUCAGGAAACCCUGGGGCACUGGGGGCCUCAGAGGACAAUGGGGGCCUCUAUAGUUUUCUGAAGCGUCCUAACGUUCUCACCUUCCUGAAUCUGGCAGGCACCGACACCGCCCUGGACACUCUCUUUGCCGCGCUGUCCCGCGGCUGCUGCGCUAGCCUCACGCACCUCGACGCUUCGAGGAACGUCUUCUCCCGCACGAAGUGCCGGGCAGCGCCGGCCGCUCUGCAGCUCUUCCUCAGUCGCGCGGGGACGCUGCGGCACCUGGGCCUGGCGGGCUGCAAGCUGCCGCCCGACGCGCUCAGGGCCCUGUUGGAAGGCCUCGCGCUCAACACGCAGAUCCGCGACCUGCACCUGGACCUCAGCGCUUGUGAGCUGCGCUCGGCCGGCGCCCAGGUGAUCCAAGACUUGGUGUGCGACGCGGGAGCCGUGAGCUCCCUGGAUCUGGCGGAUAACGGCUUCGGCUCAGACAUGGUGACUCUGGUGCUGGCCAUCGGGAGGAGCAGGUCCCUGCGACAUGUGGCACUUGGGAGGAACUUCAACGUCCGAUGCAAGGAGACGCUGGACGACGUCCUGCACCGGAUUGUCCAGCUCAUGCAGGACGACGACUGUCCCCUGCAGUCGCUGUCAGUGGCAGAGUCGCGUCUGAAGCUGGGUGCCGGCGUCCUGCUCCGGGCCCUGGGCACCAAUCCUAACCUGACGGCCCUGGAUAUCAGCGGCAACGCCAUGGGGGACACGGGAGCCAAGAUGCUGGCCAAGGCGCUGCGGGUCAACACGAGGCUCCGGAUCGUGGUCUGGGACCGGAACCACACAUCUGCGCUGGGCCUGCUGGACGUGGCGCAGGCCCUGGAGCAGAACCGCAGCCUUAAGGCCAUGCCUCUGCCGCUGAACGACGUGGCCCUAGCGCAGCGCAGCCGCCCGGAGCUGACGGCACGUGCAGUGCACCAGAUCCAAGACUGUCUCUUAAGGAACAAUCGCGCAGAACCCCCAUCUUCUGACCGCGCCUCCCGCCUCCAACCUCUGGGUCUGGUCCCGGAUCCCUCUGAGCAGGAAGUGAAUGAACUGUGUCAGUCGGUGCAGGAGCAUAUGGAGCUUCUGGGCUGUGGGGCUGGGCCCGAGGGUGAAGCUGCUGUGCACCAGGCUGAGGAUGCCAUCCGCAAUGCCAACUUCUCUCUCAGCAUUCUCCCCAUUCUGUAUGAGGCUGGGAACUCCCCAAGUCAUCACUGGCAGCUUCAGGAGAAGCUGGAGGGCCUCUUGGGACAGGUGGGCGAGGUCUGUCGCCAGGACAUCCAGGACUUCACUCAGACCACACUGGACACAACAAAGAGCCUCUGCCCCCGGAUGCUGCAGGGAUCUGGCUGGAGGGAGCAGCUGGAAGGGGUUCUGGUGGGCUCAAGGGGCCUCCCAGAGCUGCUCCCAGAGCAGCUGCUACAAGAUGCCUUCACUAGGCUCAGGGACAUGCGGCUGUCAGUCACAGGGACCUUGAUGGAGAGCAUUGUGGCUCAGGCUCUGGCGGGUCUGAGUGCCGCCCGGGAUCGGCUGGUGGAUUGUCUAGCUCAGCAGGCAACAGGGACAGUGGCUCCUGCCUUACCAGCACUGGACGGAGGUGAACCCAGCCCUCCUGGACCUGGGGAACUAGAGGGCCUUUUCUUCCCGGAAGAGGAGGAGGAGGGGGACAACAGCCCUCCAUGGAAAUGGCCUGAGCCCAGCCACUGUCUUCGUCUGGUACCCUCCACUUUCAGUGCCGCCGAGGAGCCGGAGCCGGAGCCCGAGCUGGCAGCUCCGGGGGAAGAUGCGGAGACGCAGGCGGGGCCGUCCGCGCGCGGCUCCCCGAGCCCCGCCGCCCCCGGGCCCCCGGCCGGCCCGCUGCCUCGCAUGGACCUGCCACCCUCGGGACAGCCCCUGCGCCACCCGACCCGGGCCCGGCCGCGGCCGCGCCGCCAGCACCACCACCGGCCGCCGCCGGGGGGCCCCCAGGUGCCCCCGGCCCUGCCGCAGGAAGGGAAUGGGCUCAGUGCCCGCGUGGACGAGGGCGUGGAGGAAUUCUUCUCCAAAAGGCUGAUCCAGCAGGAUCGCCUCUGGGCCCCAGAGGAGGACCCAGCCAGCGAGGGAGGUACCACCCCUGUCCCCCGAACGCUGCGAAAGAAGUUGGGCACCCUCUUUGCUUUCAAGAAGCCUCGUUCGGCCCGGGGGCCACGGCCUGAUCUGGAGACCAGCCCUGGGGCAGCUCCCCGCACCCGAAAAACUACCCUUGGGGACCUGCUCCGUCCCCCAGCCCGCUCUGGCCGUGGUGAGGAGCCUGGGGGCGCUGAGGGGGCUGCCAACAGCCCUGACCCUGCGUGCAGGAGCCGGCCACGCUACACACGGGAGAGCAAGGCCUACUCAAUGAUCCUGCUGCCCGCUGAGGAAGAGGAGGCAGCACUGGGGGCCAGGCCUGACAAGCGGCGGCCCUUGGAGCGGGGAGACACAGAGCUGGCUCCGUCCUUUGAGCAGCGCGUACAAGUGAUGCUGCAGAGGAUCGGUGUGAGCCGGGGCAGCGGGGGUGCCGACGGCAAGAGGAAACAAAGCAAAGAUGGAGAGAUCAAGAAGGCCGGCUCAGAUGGUGACAUUAUGGACAGUUCCACAGAAGCCCCUCUCAUCUCGAUCAAGUCCCGCACCCACUCUGUGUCUGCUGACUCCUCGUGCAGACCUGGCCCAGGGGGCCAGGGGCCUGAGCCUGCCACCUGGAAGGCUCUGGGGCAGCAGCUGAAUGCAGAGCUCAGGGGACGUGGUUGGGGCCAACAGGAUGGCCCAGGUCCCCCCUCCCCUUUUCCCAGCCCAAGCCCCCGAAGAGCCAGCCCCUCCCCAGACUGCCUGGGCCUGCCAGAGGAUCCUUACUUGGGCCCCAGGAUUGAAGAGCGGCCCCUGCGGCUGCAGCGCUCCCCUGUCCUCAAGCGCAGGCCGAAGCUCGAGGCACCCCCAUCCCCAAGUCUAGGAUCUGGCCCUGGAGCUGAGCCUCUGCCCCCACAGCCCACAGAGCCCUCCAGUUCUGAAUGGAGCCCACCCUCCCCAACCACAGACCAAAGAGGUGGCAGCCCCAACCCCUGACUCUCUCCCCUCCUGCCGCAUGAGAUUAUUUUAUUAAAAAACUCAGACAAAACA